CCCAAGAAUAAAGGUAAAGGAGGUAAAAAUAGACGCAGAGGCAAGAAUGAGAAUGAAUCUGAAAAAAAGAGAACUGGAGUUCAAAGAGGAUGGGCAAGAAUAUGCCCAGGUAAUCAAGAUGUUGGGAAAUGGACGAUUAGAAGCAAUGUGUUUUGAUGGUGUGAAGAGAUUAUGUCACAUCAGAGGGAAAUUGAGAAAAAAGGUUUGGAUAAAUACCUCAGACAUCAUAUUGGUUGGUCUCCGAGACUACCAGGAUAACAAAGCUGAUGUGAUUCUAAAAUACAAUGCAGAUGAAGCAAGAAGUCUAAAAGCAUAUGGCGAGCUUCCUGAGCAUGCUAAGAUCAAUGAAACUGAUACAUUUGGUCCUGGAGAUAAUGAUGAAAUUCAGUUUGAUGACAUCGGGGAUGAUGAUGAAGACAUUGAUGAUAUCUAAUUUGAGCCCAACAUU